CGUAAACACAACGACGACGGAGUGCACGAGUGUCAUACAUAUGCUCCGAUACUCGUACUAGUACCCGAACGGGCCCGACAGUGUGUUUGUCCGUGUAACGUAUGUGCAGCGAUUCGGCUGAAAUCGGUUGCCAAUUGCUUAUGAUAAUAAUAAGGGUUUACGACUACGAUGGACCUGUUGAAAGGCCUAAGGAAGAUUUUUCCGUGAUGAAAGGAUAAAAAAAAAAAAAUAGUGUGCAAAACUGGUGGUUAUAAAAUACAGUGGCCGUGUGCAGUACGCGCGAUUUUUUCCCGCAGUGACAUGUUUAACGCAGGAUCCGCAGAAUGAUAUAAUCGUAAUGAUGUGCGGCGGAUAACAUAUGGAAAAUAUAUAAGUGACGAUGCGAAACUGCAUGGGAGAGCUUUGAGGGGCCAGAUUAUUGACAGGUGCGAUAUCUUCCAUUUUGCAAGCUGAUGGAUGCAAGAGCGCAGUUGUUUCGAAAUAUUAUAUAGGAAAUAUUAUUGUAUCGAUGGAUCUACUAUGACGAGGGGCGAUAGGUCAUUGAAAUCAAAGAGUGCCAGUGUAUUCGUUUAAUUUUUGGCAUCGUGAAGUAGUGCUUGCUUCGAUUACACGUUUUGGUGUGGUCCAUCGAUCAUACGUCGAAUUAAAGCAUUUGCAAGCGAACACGUGGAUUUCCUAUACACACGUUGCAUUUAGCUUGUUAUCUCGGCCUGUCAAUUGCCUUUAAAUUAAGGUAUCGAUGUCCUGAUCAACGCAGCAGUCGCAGCGACGAAAAUAUAAUCCUAUACAACGUUUGCGUGUGUUGAAGAUGGAAGAAUACUGGAGAGUCAGGUGGGUCUAUUUCGGCUCGACGUAACAGCGACGACAGACAUAUAUCGAAUGAAUUAAACAUAUAUGUGCGCGCGUGUACUCGAGAACUAAAGAGGAAGAGAAAAAAACAACAUCGACGCGUGUCAAAGUAUCAUACCAGUGUUCGAAUACAAAAGAUAGUGUGGGUGCGCGGCUGAUGAUACAUAUAUUAUAAAGAGUAAUUUAUCUCGUAUAAAAUACAUGUACACAAGGUACCGUGGCGCGUUUGAUGUGCAAGAACAGAGAAAAUACAAAGGUGGUGAUAUGCAGUGCUAGAAGAAGAAGAAGAACUAAAUAUAAAGAUCGGGGUAAGAGUGUGGGUUCAGUACCACUAUCAUCCAACCUGGACGUAGAGUGAAGGAAAAGAAGAAGUUCCCCCCGACCAUCACGGCGAGAGAGGAUAGAGAAUGACUUGGAGCCAACAGCAUUACGCCCUCGAGGUGUUCGUCGCGCUUCUCGCCGUCGGUAUCGUCUUCGGCCAGCUUCACUUCGUCUAUGCUCAGGGGGUCCCGCGAACAUUUUCGUCUAGGCCUUUCAGAGGAGUAUUUCCUGUUGCAGGACCGCCCCAGCUGGCCAGGGCAGUGCUCCAAGGUACGGCCGAACUGCCGUGUGACGUUCGACCGCCCGGACCCAACGACACCUUCAUACUCGUCGUGUGGUACAAGCAAGAUGUCAAUCCCAUCUACAGCUAUGACAUCAGGGGCAAACAUUCGGAGAAGCCAAAUCAAUGGAUGGUUGAGUAUCUGAAUCAGAGGGCUUACUUCCAGACGAGAAAGUAUCCGGCGACGCUGAACAUCAAUCACGUGCAGGAGGACGACGAAGGCGAGUAUCGCUGCAGGGUCGACUUUCUGAAGAGUCCAACUCGUAAUUCCCGCGUCAAACUCGACAUAAUAAUACCACCUGCAAGGCCAAACAUCAUAAACGAGCAAGGAAAAACCGUGGGCACUUUGGCGGGACCUUACGUCGAGGGUGGAGACAUGAAGCUCAGCUGUUCAGUAUCCGGAGGUCGACCCGAGCCGGUCGUAAGAUGGUGGCGAGGAGAAAUGCUGCUCGACGCCACCGUCGCGAGGGGCGAUUUGGUCAAGCGAAGCACUCUGGUCGUGCGAAAUCUCACGCGCUCGGAUUUGCAUGCCAAAUUCACGUGUCAGGCGUCCAACAACAACAUAAGCCAGCCUGUCUCGGCCUCCGUAGCUAUAGAUAUGUAUCUGAGUCCGCUGAACGUGACGAUAUUGACGAGCGAAGACGCACCUCUGAGCGCUGGUCGCCAGUACGAGAUCACAUGCAUCACCGUGGGUUCGAGGCCGGCAGCCAAUCUUAGCUGGUACAUGGAGGGUCAAUCGCUGAAAAAUUUCACUCAAAAGGUUUCAUCCGCUGGCAACAUGACGACGUCCAAUUUAACGUUCACCCCCACCAAAUCUGACAACGGCACGUCCAUCACGUGUCGGGCGGAAAAUCCAAAUGUCAAAGCGGCCGUUAUGGAGGAUACGUUGAAGCUCAAUGUGUUUUACGUACCAACGCUGACGCUGAGUCUCGGCUCGAACAUGAAUCCUGACGACAUCGAGGAAGGUGACGACGUUUAUUUCGACUGCAAAGUCGACGCCAACCCGAGCGCUUACAAAGUCGUCUGGAAACACAACGGCAUAGUGCUGCAGAACAACGCGAAACUCGGCAUGAUAGUUCAGCAAACGAGUCUGGCCCUUCGCAAAGUUAACCGUUCCCAGGCGGGUAACUACACGUGCAUCGCCAGCAACGUCGAGGGCGACGGCUACAGCAACAUCGUGGAGCUCAAAAUCAUGUACAAACCAAUCUGCGUUCAGGACCAGAAGCGCAUCUACGGAGUGGCGCGUCACGAGGAGGCUCGGGUGCUCUGCCAGGUCGAGGCCUAUCCGCCGCCCGACAGCUUUCGCUGGGCCUUCAACAAUACCGAGGAGAUGAACGACGUGUCGUCGGCCCGUCACAGCGACUCCACGAUCUCGGCGCAGAGCGUGCUCACCUACAAGCCGGUCAGCGAAACGGAUUACGGCACGGUGCUUUGCUGGGCCAGCAAUACCGCUGGACAGCAGAAGAACGCCUGCAUCUUUCACAUUAUCGCUGCCGGUAAACCAGAGCCACCGUACAAUUGCACGCUAACGAAUCAGACAACGCAAUCUCUGUCGGUCGAGUGCACGGCCGGCUUCGACGGCGGUCAGACUCAACACUUUCAAUUGGAAGUCUUCGAUCAAUUAACCGGUCAAUUGCGGGCGAACGUGAGCUCGCGCGAUUCGGCCACGUUUCACGUGCACGAGCUCGAGCCCGGCCGAGUAUUGCGUAUGUCGGUGUACGCGGUCAACGCCAAGGGCCGCAGCGAGCCGACCCUGUUGGAGGGCUUCACUCUCAAGGUGGCUGAAAAACAAACUGUGCGCGUACUGUUCACAGGAACCCCCGUGCCUUUCGAAAUUACGCCGCUGCUGGGCAUACUGAUUGGCUGCCUGGGAGUGCUGCUGUUCUGCACAGUGGCCGUGCUGCUGGCCAUGAAGCUACGAAGCGAUCGCAGAGGCGGCGGCGGCCACCAGAGACCAGGCGAUUUACCUUUAAAAAAAUCGGCGGCGCCGAGCUCCGAGGACCUCUACGAUCCGGAUGAUCGUAAUCCCGACGUCGUGCCGACUAACAAAGACUCGGAUUAUCAAUUGACAGGUUCGACGGCGGGCACACCGCUGGCGGUGCAGCCGACGCCGGACAGCCUAACGUCGACGACGACGACGGCCUUGCCGCCGCCCAGUCAGCUGGUGGCCAAUCACCUGCCCAACUAUUCGCACAAUGACUAUAACAAUUAUCCUACUCUACCGUUGAGCGGGGAAAUUACGUACGCGGAGCUGUGCCUGCCGCGGCCGUCGAACCUCACGACGACUACGACGACGGGGACGACGAAGCACCAGACGAAUGGCACGUCAACGCCGACGCCAAUAAUCGGCGAUGGCGGCACCAAACUGCUGGGCCUGAGCAGUCUGGCCGGCUUCACGACGACCAAGCCGCCGCCUUAUCCCUCCAAGGAGGCGACGAUUUACGCGAGCAUCGAUCACACCGCGACGUCGCAACGAGGAGGCGUCAAUUUGAAUUCCGUGGCGUCGACGCCUAGCAGCCUACACGGUAGCAGCGUCGGCACACCCUGUCAGGAGCAAUUGAUGAAGCAGCACCAUCCCCGAGAAGUCGUGACCGUGAGGACGCCCCUGAUAUCGAGCCAAGAGAGCUGCGUAUAGGGUAGGGAUACCGACGCCCUCAACGUCAACGAAUAUUACGUUUGAUCGCGUCGACAAAUUUUCGUGCGUAAUUAUAAUGAUUAUUAUUAUAGAGCGCUCGUCAUUUGCGCAUUGGAGAGAGGUUGUUGUUACAUAUACGAUACGUUUUUGCGAUAUACAUCUCUAUUCGAAGCGGCUAUCAAGGUAUGUACACAUUCAUGAACUCGUUCGUUUCUCUCGCGCACGCUGUGUAGGUCAAGGAAUUGUAAUUCACUGUAUGGAUCUCUCGGGCGCGUGGAAUGUUUUUUCAUUCGUCGACGACCGUGCGUAAUUUGAACUUUACUUUUCUUUAAUCGUUGCAGCGAGUUGUACGGUUUGAAAAGCUCGUUACCGUUACGUACAAAAAUACGGAAAAGGACACUACUGCGAACACGGGCCGCGUAAUUCGAACGUUGAAAAAUCAAUCAACGUGUACUCUCGAAUAAAAGUCAAACAAAAGUCCUCCCCGAAAUUCGCGAGCAAUUUUCAUGACCAAUAUGAUUUCCCGUACGCACACACACACACACACACACACACACACACACACACACACACACAUACGAUAUAACGGUCAUUUUGCUCACUUCCAUACGUAAUAAAUGAAAGUCCAAUGAAGCAGAAAAAUUGUUUCUAUCUCCUUUAUGUACGUGUGUGUACGGGGGCGCGCGUCCGCGUAACUGCGCGACAAUAGAGCGAAAAUCGUAAAACAGUUUAUACGCGUGAAAAAGUACGGCUGCAGCGGCACACACACGGGGCAUGCCUCACGUGUGACAAACGACCCAGCAGCCCAUAUACAUGUGCAGGAUUAUAAAGCGGCGCAGCAACAACGGUCAAACUUGUUGACACGGCUCAUUUGUAUUCCCGACAGUUAGCGGGCUAACACAGCGUGCAUAGACACAUUCGAAAAGGAAACGCGAGCGGCGCGCGCUUGCUCGUCGAGUCGCGCUGACUGAAUAAUAAAAGAAAAUACAGAGCGCGCGAAAAAAUAGCGUACGGCGCGCAAGAACACACGUUCGGAAUAUCAGCGCACUUUUAUAAUUAGUACACACACAUACUUCGUUUAAGAGCUCUUCGGUUGCAUUCGGUUUAAUUAAUAUACCCCUUCCACCCUACCCUCUGCACUCAUAAGCGAAGCAGAAAAGUGAAAACGAACGAGAAUUCAUGGAUGGGGGUACAAACGGAGCACGGAAAGUAAGAAGGGAGAGAGUGAGCCUUGUAAAUAACAAUAAUGAUACCUAACUCGUACGUUGUAAAUAAGGAGAUCUUUCUCCAGAGAAAGAAAUCGCAUAGAUAUACAUUGUACAAGAGAAUAUUCGAGACAAUUCGUAUUUUACUGUUGAGCGAAGUAAUAAUUUAGUGAAUUGGCUUCCGUUUUUUGAAUUGUUAAAUAGGACAAAUUGACUUGUAUAAGAAGGAAAUCGGAUUUUUGACGAAAAUAACGAUAAUAAGAAAGAUACGGCAAUUGUGUCUAGUGAAUUAUAAUAAUUAUUAACGAAAUCCCAAGUUCUGCGCGACACAUUUCGAUCGCUAUAUUGUAAUAUAAAUCCAUUGUACAGCAUACAUAUUUUUCCAAAGUGCGUUAAACGAAUUGAAUAUUGACAUAUAAAAAUGAAGUAUAUGCAUAUAAUGUUUACGAGUAUUGUAGAAAAAAGAAACGAAUAACGACGAAGAAAAAGUUUAUCAUUACAGAAAAAAAUAACAAAUUUUUUCUGUAUGCAGUAUGCGAGUGUGCCAUUAAACCAUAUAUAUAUUAUACAAACGUUUGGAAAAAAUUGCUGAGAGCAGCAGCUUUUUUUCUUAACUCAUGUGUGCGAGUGGUUUUUUUUUGUCUGAAUGUGUCCUUGUAUUUUUUGAGCGGAUAGGUUUAGGUGUGCGCUCAAUUGCGACUCUAUCAUGUAUUGGAAAAGAAAGAGAACGAAAUAACAGAACUUCGAUUUCACUCUAUACUUUUAAUUUUCCGCGAAUACUGCGGUGUAUACGCUAGAAUAGAAGAAAUACAUUUUUUGUUUCCCGAAACCUUAUCAAUUUUUUGCUCCUUGUUUAUGUAUGCGCGCGGGCGUAAACUCAUUUCAAAACCUAUUUUUCGUGUUUUUAUCAUACAUGCACGUAUACGUUUGUGCAUAUACGUAUAUGUCCUCAUCGUUAACAGUGCGUCGCGCGUUCUCGUAAUACGCAAAUGUACAUUUUAAAGUUCGCGGCGGGCUCGCCGUAGCUUUUUUGGGUAUUUCGAGCACGCGCCUCGUUAACGAUUCGCAGAUUUUGGUACGCGACCGUGAAACUGUGCACGGUGGUGGAGGGACAGAAAGAGAGAGAGAGAGAGAGAAGAGAAUAUUUUCGGUACGGAAUUUCCCGUUGAGUGAACCAAUCUCUGGCACCUUUUCGGGGUAGGGAACAAAUUUUUUUUCUCGCUCAUAUGUACUCGCUCGGAUUCUAUACGCUAUAUACAUUAUUUGCUCGCUCGCUCGCCGUUUUACGUAGAGAACUCACUGACCCACUGUUUUUGUAUUUAUCACACCCUACAGACAGUGAACGAGGAAAAAUACGAAAUGUCAGCGUCGAAUAUGGUCGAAGAAUAUUGUGAAAUACGUAUAAAAAUGGCGAGAAAGAAUAACAGGUUUAUUUGAUUUUUGAUUUUUUUCCAGUUCAGGCGUAUGUAAGUUAUUCUUUUUUUUUUGUGUAUACUCGUAUGUCUUUUCUUCUUUGUCAUACCAACGAGUGAAACUCCUAAUAAUAUGCAUUAUACACAUGAAAUUUAUGUAUAAAUAUAAAUAAUAUACACGAAUGGUUAAGAGAGUUGAAAGAAAAAAAAUAAGUUUGUAAAUUAGGUGACGAAGAGAAAUACAUUUUGUCGAGAGUGUGCGAUAUAUUGGCGCGAUUAUGCAAUAAUCGCCAUGUUUUGGAAUUCCUAUUGAAUAAAGUUAAACAAUUAUACGAUGUAUAUAUCAGUGUCAAGCGAGCGCGUGCCGAAAUCGUCAUCUUUUUUAAUCUAUAAAUAUUGUUGCACUCGCGCAUGCCUACUGAUUGGAAAAUUUUAUCAAAUCUAACGAUGUCUUUAUUGAAUAUUUUCGAUGGCUGAACGCACGUUUAUCUGUACUACUUGAGCAACUCGGCUCACUGCCGUGAAAGAGCGCGCGUUCCAAAUCGAGAUCUUCGUUGUACAUAAAAUGUGUAUAUUAUGUAAUGUAACUGGUGCAAAAGUGUGUUGUUUUUUGAAAAAAAAUGAAAUGUUCCGACAAAACUUGAAUAAAUGUAACGACAAAAAAUCGACGACCAUAUACCUGUAUUUACGAUAAUAAUAGAUCUAUAAACACUGCAUACGUCAUCGUAUUAUUAAUGAAAAAAAAUAAACGUGUUGAUA